UCAAAGUAAUAAUCGAGAACCCUUUGUUUAUGCCUUCUAUCUACAAAUACCUUUUGGAGUAAUGCACUAGUUUUAAUCAUGCUAUUGUCAACAUAGUGUAUGAUCAAUGAUGACUAUCUCUUUUUUGCUUAUGCUCUGUAUGCUUUCCUCAUAUCCUUGGUUUAUGUGGCAUGUGUCCUUUGUAGUUCUGCUAUAACCUCUUUGGGACUGUCACAACAGUAACUGGCUGCUUUAUGAAGUUUUCUCUAUGUGAUCAUGUAUUGCACUAAUCCCUUGACAUACCUUGUCAUAGUGAUGUCCACUUAGUCUAGGUCUCUUAUACACUGUUCUUUAGCUUGAUUGUUCACUGUGAUGAGGACUUUUGCUUACUUUAGCUCUUCAUGAUUCUACUGCUCCAAAUCUUCCCUAUUUGUGACUUCUCACUACUAUUGAUAGUACUAUCUUCUUCUUAUAUUGUUUGUUAUCAUUGCACUGAGAUCAUAGCUAUGACAUAUCUUUCAUGGAUUGGUCCUCAAUUAUUUUGACUGAGACCAAUCAUCUUUUAUGCUAGUCAUUGUAUUUGCUAGAUAUGAAUGUCAAUAUUGCAUAAGUCACUGUUUCAACUAAUCACUGCCCUCGAGCUAUCACCAUUAUAAGAUUGUGAACUGUGACCUUAUACAUACUCUGUACUUGGCAAACUCUUUACAAACUGUUUCAUACUCAGAUUUUUCUCACUAUAAUGUGAAAGGAGGUUAGUCUUUGUUGUCUAUGUGUCAUCUCUCCCUCUGCUAAGGUUUGACUUUCAGAUCAAAUGACUGCUACGAAGACAUGAUGAUUGUCAUUGAAAGACUGUUUAUUAGUUUUUUAUCAUCUUUGAUGACUGAUUUGAAGCCUUGUUCUACAAUAUCGAUGUCCUAAGGCUAGAAGUGUUUAUGUGCAUUCAUAACAAUCAAAAGACUGUUCCUUACACAGUGAUCUUUUUAUUGACUUGGUGUUUUAAAAAAAAAAUCUUUCAUUAGUUACCACAACCUGUCAUAGGUCUGCAACAAUACGAUUGUGUUUAGUUGUAGAGACUGUAUGGUAUGCAUUGUCUGAUUUUUGAAGCUUCUCUUGAACUAUAAAUGAAUACAUUUUGCAAAAGGUAACACUGUACUCUAUCAUGUAUCAACAGGGUUGUUCUUCUGUUUUGAAGGUUUUGAUCUUGGAAGCCAUUUUACUUUCACAGUGAUCUCUAUUGUUGCUCUCUGCUCUAUCAUUAGGUGAAAGAGGCUUUCUAUGAUUUUGUUGAGAUGCAACCAUUUCUUAUUGCUCAUUCAUCUUAGCUCUGUGUCCUCAUGCUUAGGGAAUGAAGUGACCUUUGACCUCAAGCUUUAUCAUUACCAUUAACCUCACCAUAUUCCUAUCAUAACUAUAUCUAACAUUGUCCUUUUAAGGCUUGAUUUAGAUAUCCUAUGACUGUCACAACCUACUGUGAUCAUCGUUGCCUAGAAAUGUUGAUCUAUGAAUGUCUUCCAUAUUUACUGUGGCUUCUUUUGGUCUAGGUUACUACAUUUGAAUUGAAACUCUGUCCUCUGUCAAUGGAUUCUUUGUGUAGAGGAUGUGCCUUCACAAGUUUGCUGCUCUAACAGUCCCAUAUACCUUUGGUAUAUAUAGAAAAUAAUGCCCUUUAAGCUGUUGUUGUUCCCAACUAGGUCUCAUUAUCUUGAUGAGACUGUGCUCUUUAUCUUGAUCAAUGCCCUUACAUCUCUGUGUCAUUGUCCCUCAUUUCAUUUGUAUGAGUUGUCAAACCUCUUGAUCUGUGACCAUUCAAGGGUUUAUGACUUCCUUUCUAGCUUUUGUCCUCAAUCAUAAUGCCAUUUAAUAUUGUCUGCCAAAGCAAUGUUGUCUAAGACUUCUACAACUGAUACACAAACUUAUUUUUUAGAGACAAAAUAUCUCUCUAUGUCCUUCCUAAUUUGGACUGUCAAACCUUUAUAUUAUACUUGUGACUGACAAUUGUCACUUUUCUGCUCUUUAGGCUACUAUAGGUGUGGUAUCUAUAUGGUUUCUCCAUGAAUCCUUUGUUAUCGCUUUAGUGAUUGCUUCAUUAGUUUUGACUGCAACUUUGUGAAGUGUGAUCUCAUCCUCAUGCCUUUUGAAUAAAACUAGCUUUGAUAUCGUGUCUUCGCUGUGAUGUUCUUGUCUGAGUUGAUGCCUAUAGGUUUUGCCCUUUGUGAUCUUUGUCUAGAAAUUACAGUCCAUGUUAUUUGUACUGUGUGCAUAUGACUGCAAAUGGUUUCUAGGAACACCACUGUUCCAGAUGCUUUGCUGAUUGGUUCUUCAUUAUAACCUUUUGACUUGCAAUUUUUGGAAUGCACAUAGUUACUAUUUGAAGGCUCUGUGAAAAUAGCUGUGAGAGUGUUAAUUCUGAUUUGAUUUGUGUUUAAAGUGGAACCAAAGAACACAUGUUUAUAACAGAAAUAAUGACAUACUUUAUUCAUUUUCAGAAAACUGAUUACGUCAGAUACAUUGGCAGAUUUAUAUCAUAUCAGCCCCUUCAGAUUUUACCAAUUUCAAGUUGUGUUACCAAUUCGAGUACAGAGUGGAGCUUGAGGAGAUAUGACUGACCUGUUCAAGUAAUAGCUGUGUUAACAUACAUGUAUUUCAGGUUAUUCAGGUUUCUGCUAGGCUAUUUUCUUGGUGUCUAUACAAAAUGACAGACCAGGUUAUUCUACCUCAACAAUUCUACUAGGCUAUUUUUCUGGUGUUUAUACGGAAUGGCUGACCAGAUGAGCGAGCAACAAGACCUGCUCCAGGGACAAAUGAAUACUUCAAUGAAAUGAUAUAUUGCACUUGCAAUAGGUGCCAAAAUAGGAAACUAAAGAAGCGGCGACUUGUUGGUAUCCAUAGAUUGAACUAUGGGGUUUAUAUAGAAGAGCCACUUCCAAUUCACAAUAUUCCUGAAGAACCAACGAAUGUCACCGAUGAUAGCCACUCUGAAGAUGAAGAACAAGAUACAUUUAUGGAUGAAGCCACUUCGCAGAUAAAUGAGGCUGGUGUUGAUGAAUUCAUCAAAGACUUCUACACAUCUUUUGAAGAAGUUAUUGAUUCCCCCUAGCUCAGUUGGCUAGGACGCCUGUUUUUUCAAAUGCAGAUACUUCUAUAUUGGCAACACUUAUGUUGUUGUUGAAUUUGAAGGUUACACAUGGAUUGACAAAUACAUGCUUUACUGAUAUAUUAAGGCUUUUGGCAAACAAAAUACUUCCAAAGGACAAUAAGUUACCUCAUUCACAUAGAGAAGUAUCUUUAGUAAUGAAAGAUAUUGGAAUGGAGUACAAUACAUAUGAUGCAUGUCCAAAUGACCAUAUAUUGUACUAUGGAAGCAAUGCAAAUUUGCAGCAAUGCCCAGUGUGUCACAUAGGUAGAUAUUGUCAAGAUCAAGUAUCCAAGAAGGUUCCUUAUAAAGUACUACGACACAUUCCACUAAAGCCAAGGUUCGAGAGGAUGUUCAAAUGCAAGGAGUUGGCAAAAUAUAUGGAUUAUCAUGCACAUGGGAGGAGCCAAGAUGGUGUCAUGUGUAUGGCCGCGGAUAGCAAACAUUGGAAAGAGAUUGAGGAAAAAUGGCCACAUUUAAGAAAUGAGCCAAGGAAUGCAAGAAUUUCUCUAGCAAUGGAUGGUGUAAAUCCUUUUCGAGAUCUUAGAACAACAUAUUCUGUUUGGCCAGUUCUAAUUAUUAACAACAAUCUCCCCCCCUGGAUGGCAAUGAAAAAGGAGCGUGCAAUGUUAACUCUUAUCAUACCAGGGAAGUAUCAGGUAAAGGAUAUGGAUGUAUACAUGGAGCCCCUCAUUGAUGAGCUUCGUGAAUUAUGGCAUGGUGUAAAUAUGCUUGAUGUAUCAAGACCUAUCAAUGAUAGAAACUUCCUCUUUCAUGCUAUGCUUAUCUGGACAAUUCAUGAUGCCCCGGGGCUCUCUAUUUGCUGUGGGCUACAAACAAAGGGGAAUCAUGGUGGUCCAUCAUGUGGGCCAAAAAUGUUGUAUAGGCAAUCAAAGGAUCUCAAUAAAACUGUAUAUGAUGAGUACAGACAAUUCUUACCACAAAAUCAUCGUUAUCGAGUGCAUAAGAAAAAUAACUUCAAUGGAAAGGAAGUGGAAAUGAGGAAGCCAAGAAGGAUGAACCCUGCUAGAUGGAAAGCACUGUAUGAUAGAAAAGAAGGGACGGGCUUUCCACCAGGAAUGAAAAGACUCUCUAUUUUCUACAAAUUAGACUAUUAUGAGAACUUGCCAAUAGCCCACCUAUUUGAUACUAUGCAUAUCGGGAAAAAUGUGGCAGAGUGCUUGUGGAAACAUCUAAAUGGAACCAACCUUGAAGCACAAAUAAAGUUACGAAAGGACCUCCAAGUUGCCAAUGUCAUGCCGAACAUGUGGUUGCAUGAAAACAACUCAUAUGAUCAUGCUCCGUGGACUUUUACAUCAAAGGAGAAAGAAAACAUCAUUGAUACAAUGAAAACCAUAAGAUUUCCUUCUGGCUUUGGUGCAACAUUAAAAAACUUAUUCACAAGAGAUGGAUCUGAGUUCUCGGGCCUAAAAACACAUGAUUGGCACAAUUGGAUAAAGUAUGUGUUGCCUGCAGCAAUACCAAGCACUUUUGAUCGUGAUGUUAGGUUAACUAUUUACAAACUAUCCAAAUAUUUGAGGUGGGUCUCAUCUAAAGAGAUACUUCCAGAUGACUUGAAGUAUUGGAAAAUGAAUGUUUCACUUUUGAUGUGUGAUAUUCAAAUGUGCUUCCCUCCAAGCUUUUUUAAUUCUCAAGAGCACUACCUUGUACACCUAGUAGAAGAGAUUGAACAUUGUGGUCCUAUUCAUAUUCGAACAAUGUGGCUUGUGGAGAGAUAUAUGAAGGUUUUAAAACAAUUUGUUAGGCAAAAGGCUCGUCCAGAAGGGUCCAUGGUUGAGGGGUACAUGGUUUUCCAAGCAAUGGUUCAUUUGAGUGAGUACUUACCUCAAUUGCAUCUCGAAGCUUCGCGAUUAUGGAAUUAUAGCCAAUCUCAAUCAUUUGAAGGAGAAAAAUUAGAGGGUCAAGGGACUUCAAAGAGGAUAAAAGAUGCUAAGGAGUGGGAAGCAUUACAUUUGUAUGUUGCAUACAAUUCUGAUUUUAUGUUGGAAUGGAUGGAGAAGUACGCUGAACAAAAGAAAGUAGAGGAUGAAAAGGCAUGGGCCAAUAUAUAUAAUAUACAUGGUCAAAACACUGUUCGAGGAUUGCCCGCAAGCCAUAAAAGAAAAUGGUCGGAGAGAUGCUCAUGGAAUUGGCUAAAGACCAAUAUUGAACACGAAGCAACAAAAGGGAGAAAUAGAGUGACACAACAACAACUGAAUUUCGUGAAAGGAUCUAUAAAUGGGGAGGUAACAUAUUACGAAGGAAUGUGGAAUUUUGGUCAUCACUUUCGCAUCAAAAAGGUUGAUGAAAAGAGACAAACUUAUGAUUGUGGAGUUUCAACAUCAUUUGAGGUAGAAUGUCGUUCACAUGCAAAUGAUAGACAACCAAUCACAAGCACACUUCGCUAUUAUGGAGUGCUGGAGGAUAUUAUAGAGCUUGAUUUUAUGUCUUUCAAGAAAGUUAUUUUUCAUGUUGAAUGGUACAAGCUUAUCAAAGUGGGUGAAGAAAAAACUAUCUUUAUGCACAACAAUGGAUUCCAUAUGAUUAAUACAUCUAGGUUUGAAGCCACUUUUGAACCUUAUGUGUUUCCAAAUCAAUGUGACCAGAUAUUUCUCAUUCCAAAUUUAGAACAACCUGGUUGGUCAUUUGUUAUUGAUUAUGAUCCAAGAGGACGAAGAGUAACAUAUGUUGAAGACAAUGAAGAUGCAGAAGUCCCCCUUGAUGAUGAAAAUAGCGUAGAUGGAGAUGAUGAAAAUUUUAUUGUCAAUGAUGCAUAUGACCAGGAUGAAGAUCAUGAUGAGUUUAUUGAAGUGUUCGAAGGACAUGAACAACCACAUGAGCAUCAAGUCCAUGAAGAUGAUGAAUUUAUUGAUUUUAAUUUGCCUGUAGUUGAAGAUGAUGAAGACCAUGAAAAUGCUAGUAUUAAUUUAUUUGUAGAUUUAGGGCCCAUUAAUGAUGAGGUAUUUAUGCCAUCAAAUGAGGAAAUUUCAUUUGAGGAUGACAUUGUUUGAUCACCA